AUGGGAAUCAAGAAGAUAUUUAUGGUGACCAAUCCGACGCCUCUCUCACACGCACAAUCACCUCAAAACACACACUGCUCUUCAUUCAAAACGGGAGCACAGAAACUGUUGCCGACACACACAUUAAAUCCCACCAAAUCCGUUAGAAUUCCAAUUAACACGAGACCUGUGUUUGUUAGUUCUUCCUCUUUCGCCUCUCAGAUUCAUCUUCAUUCUUCAAUUAGCAAAGGGGAUUUGGGGCAGAAUUCGGGAGUGAAGAUGGGUGUCGUUAGCACAAUUAUGGGGGCAUUUGGUUUUGGAAUUGGAGUUCCAACUGGGCUUGUGAUUGGGUACUACUUGUUCAUUUACUACCAACCAACUCAUGUUGAGACUCCAAAAGUACGCCCGUUGGUUGAACGAGAUUCAAAGUCCCUUGAACAGAUGCUUCCCGAAAUACCAAUGUGGGUCAAAAAUCCUGACCAUGACCGGGUUGAUUGGCUCAACAAAUUUAUCGAGUUAAUGUGGCCAUAUCUAGACAAGGCGAUUUGCAAGACUGUGAAGACUAUAGCAGAACCGAUCAUAAAAGAGCAGAUUCCAAAGUACAAAAUAGACGCAGUCGAAUUUGAUACACUUACUUUAGGCAACCUACCACCCACGUUUCAAGGAAUGAAAGUUUAUUCUACGGAUGACAAGGAGUUAAUAAUGGAACCAUCAUUUAAAUGGGCUGCUAAUCCCAACAUUCAUGUUGCUGUUAAGGCCUUCGGCUUGAGACCCACCGUUCAGGUGGUGGACUUGCAAGUAUUCGCUUCACCUCGUAUCACCUUAAAGCCAUUAGUUCCGAGCUUCCCUUGCUUCUGUCAAAUUCUCGUUUCUCUAAUGGAGAAGCCUCACGUUGAUUUCGGACUAAAACUUCUCGGAGCCGAUUUGAUGUCCAUCCCUGGCUUGUACAGAUUCGUUCAGGAACUUAUCAAAACCCAGGUCGCAAACAUGUAUUUGUGGCCUAAAACACUCGUCGUACCAGUACUCGAUCCUGCAAAAGCGAUGAAGAGGCCAGUUGGAAUGCUGAAUGUGAAGGUUUUGAGGGCGAUGAAACUGAAAAAGAAGGAUAUUUUGGGUGCUUCGGAUCCUUAUGUGAAAUUGAAGCUCACGGAAGAUAAGCUUCCCUCCAAGAAAACCGUUGUCAAACACAAAAACCUGAAUCCGGAAUGGAAUGAGGAGUUCCAUUUAGUUGUGAAAGAUCCGGAAUCACAAGCUCUUGAGAUCAUCGUAUAUGACUGGGAACAGGUGGGGAAACAUGACAAGAUGGGGAUGAAUGUUAUACCACUAAAAGAAGUAACACCGGAAGAACCAAAAGUUAUGACUCUUGAACUUCUAAAAAACAUGGACCCAAACGACACACAAAACGAAAAAUCUCGAGGUCAAAUCAUGAUUGAAUUGGUGUAUAAGCCUUUUACAGACGACCAAAUCCCAGCUGAAAGUAAAGAUGGAGAAGUGAUCGAGAAGGCUCCAGAAGGAACCCCAGAAGGUGGAGGUUUGCUUGUUGUUAUAAUCCAUCAAGCCGAAGAUCUUGAAGGCAAACAUCAUACGAAUCCAUCUGUUCGUAUGCUUUUUAGAGGAGAAGAGAAAAGAACAAAGCCUGUGAAGAAAAACCGUGAUCCGAGAUGGGAUGAGGAGUUUUCAUUUACUUUAGAAGAGCCACCAACAAACGACAGGAUGCAUUUUGAAGUCGUGAGUACGUCUUCAAGGAUGGGUUUAAUUCAUCCCAAGGAAACAUUGGGUUAUGUGGAUAUACAACUUGGGGAUGUGGUGAGCAACAAGAGAAUCAAUGGGAAGUACAACUUAAUUGAUUCGAGGAAUGGUAAGCUUCAAGUGGAGUUGCAAUGGAGAACAUCAUCUUAAAGAAGGGUAAAAUUGUCUUUUGAGAAGAAAGAAUUUGAACAUAUGGAAUUUUUAAGAUUAUAUCAUCAUCGAGUUAAAUGUUUGAUGGUAUUUGUCGUGUUGUCAUUUGACUUUGGGCUUCUGAUGUGUGUAAGUUAUGUCUAAUAAAUGAAAAGUUUUAUGGGUUAUUUAUUGUAUAAAAAUACAGAUUAUUAGCGACUCGUUUAAGCUUUAAUUCUUAUGAUAAUAGUAGUCACUGCUUUGGUGUUUA